CGCGCAGUUACGCCAGAAACGUGACGCGCCCGGGUCUGCUGAAUACGCAUUGUGGCGCUGGGGUGUUUUCUUGUUAUUGUAUCCCUGCGUAGGAACUGGUACCAGAAACCGAGCCGAGCCCAACCGAGCCCAACCGUGCAGCACCGACACCCCCCAAAAAAACCAACCCGAGAAUGAAGUUUCAGUACAAAGAAGAGCACCCGUUUGAAAAGAGGAGGUCCGAGGGAGAGAAGAUCAGGAAGAAAUACCCGGACAGGGUGCCAGUGAUUGUUGAAAAAGCUCCCAAAGCCAGGAUAGGCGAUCUGGAUAAGAAGAAAUAUCUGGUCCCGUCUGAUCUCACAGUGGGUCAGUUCUACUUUCUGAUCCGGAAAAGGAUUCACCUCCGAGCUGAAGAUGCGCUUUUCUUCUUCGUCAACAACGUCAUUCCCCCUACCAGCGCCACCAUGGGGCUGCUUUACCAGGAACACCACGAGGAAGAUUUCUUCCUCUACAUCGCCUACAGUGAUGAGAGUGUUUACGGAGGGGGGGUGACCAAGAUGUAACAGCCUGCAGUUCUCUCUCUCUCUCUCUCCCUCCCUCCCCUCCUCUCUCUCACCAAGCAGCUGCUGAGCAGGAUCAGGGUCGUCAAAACCCACUUUAACACAACCUGCUUCGUCACGCUGGCCUGCAGCUCCAGUUUCUUCUUGUUUUUUUCGUUUAUGCUUGUUAUUAAUAAUAUGAUUCAUUUUGGGGGGGGGCAGCGUUGUCUAGUCGAGUUUUUCUUGUGAAUUGUAAGCUUCAUAGCAUGUACCUCUUACCUGACCAUCAUAAACUUUAGAAACUUC